UGUGGUACACGCGAAGCUAAACGCUGAAAUGUUCUCUGCUGUAAUAAAAUAAAAUAUUGUGGGAUUUUUUCUUCUCUAAAAUGACCGGAACCGUGAUUAAAGGAUCGAGUUGCUUGCGGAGUUGUUUAAGUGACACUCCCGCUGCAAGAAGACCGCGUAUUUUUUUUUUGGUUUCCUUGCGUAGCUAGUUUACGCGUUUCUACUAGCGAUCUUAUUUUCACACGAUAGUUUUAUUUGUCGCUGAAUGAAAAUGUUACGCUUUGAUGUAUAAAGGGAGCAUUAGAACAAUCACAAUGAAUCUCGACAGACUUCGAAAACGUGUACGACACUACAUUGAUCAGCAACAGUAUCAAAGCGCUUUAUUUUGGGCAGAUAAGAUUGCAUCCCUGUCUCAUGAAGAACCCCAGGAUAUCUACUGGCUAUCACAGUGCCUGUACCUCACCUCCCAGUACCACAGAGCCUCCCAUGCCCUCCGCUCACGCAAACUAGAUCAGUUGUACGGCGCGUGUCAAUAUCUCGCUGCUAGAUGCCACUAUGCUGCCAAAGAGUUCCAGCAGGCCUUGGACAUCCUGGACAUGGAGGAGCCAGCCAGCAGGAAGCUGCUGGACCGGAGUGUCAAAGAGGACCACGGGAUACAACAGUCGCCCAAGGACUGGGAGAUGAGCCCUGCCACUAUCGACAGUUCUAUUUGUCUGUUGCGGGGGAAGAUCUAUGAUGCUAUGGACAACCGGCCUCUGGCCACGUCCAGCUACAAAGAGGCCUUGAAACUGGACGUGUACUGCUUUGAAGCCUUCGACCUUCUAACGUCCCAUCACAUGCUGACCGCUCAGGAAGAAAAGGACUUCCUGGACUCACUUCCUCUGAGCCAACAGUGCACUGAGGAGGAAGACGAAUUACUUCACUUCCUGUUUGAGAAUAAAUUGAAGAAGUAUAACAAACCUAGUGAUAUGGUGGUCCCAGAGAUGGUCAACGGUCUCCAGGACAACUUGGAUGUGGUGGUCUCCAUCGCAGAGAGGCAUUAUUACAACUGCGACUUCAAAAUGUGCUACAAACUCACAUCCAUGGUGAUGGUGAAAGACCCUUUCCAUGCCAACUGUUUACCUGUUCAUAUAGGAACACUGGUGGAGCUCAGCAAAGCAAAUGAACUGUUCUACCUUUCACACAAGCUCGUGGACUUGUAUCCCAACAACCCAGUCUCUUGGUUUGCUGUGGGAUGCUACUAUCUUAUGGUCGGUCACAAGAAUGAACACGCUCGUAGAUAUCUCAGCAAGGCAACAACUCUGGAGCGGACGUACGGCCCGGCAUGGAUCGCCUACGGUCACUCGUUUGCGGUGGAGAGUGAACACGACCAGGCCAUGGCUGCUUACUUCACCGCUGCUCAACUGAUGAAGGGGUGCCAUCUCCCUCUGUUGUACAUAGGGCUGGAGUACGGCCUUACUAACAACUCUAAACUGGCCGAGCGCUUCUUCAGCCAGGCCUUGAGCAUCGCACCAGAAGACCCCUUUGUCAUGCACGAGGUGGCCGUGGUGGCCUUCCAGAACGGAGACUGGAAAACAGCCGAGAAGUUGUUCCUGGAUGCCAUGAACAAGAUCAAAGCCAUUGGGAACGAGGUGACCGUGGACAAGUGGGAGCCUCUCCUAAACAACCUGGGUCACGUUUGUCGAAAACUGAAGAAGUAUGACCAGGCGUUGGAGUACCACCGCCAGGCCCUGGUUCUCAUCCCUCAGCACGCCUCAACCUACUCGGUCAUUGGAUAUGUGCACAGCCUCAUGGGAGACUUCGAGAGCGCCAUCGACUACUUUCACACGGCACUCGGUCUUAAAAGAGAUGACACGUUUUCUGUGACAAUGCUCGGCCACUGCAUUGAGAUGUACAUUGGAGACACGGAUGCCUACAUAGGUCAAACUUCCUACAUGGUCUAGUUGCCGGCGUGUGCCUUGCUGGUGAAUUACAUGUGUUAAAGGGGCAGUGCAGCUAAAAAUGUGAUAUUUCCACACUAUAGCUGUUUUAAUAUCCAAUUGGUGAACAGAUUUUCGUGUGAAUAUUGUAAAAUCUACAUGCAUUUUUCAAACCAUAGAUGUUUUCAUAAAAGGCUGUGCCUGAUGUAGUGCACAUGAAAUUACUUUUGUGGUGAAAUACCCAUGUAGUUAAUGGGUUUCAUCACAUUUUUUUCACAAAAAAUUUUGCGUUAUAUAGCGUAUUGGCACGUGGGAUCUAGCCAACAGCUCGCAGAUACAGUGCGGGUAUAGCCUAAAUGAUGAGAUUAUUAUGAACAAAAGAGAGAUUAUUUUUGCCAAACGGCAGCCGAGCAUCGAUCAUAAUGUCACCAGAAGAAGACCCUCGAUAUUUAUUGGAAAGGAGCAUCAAGAUCCUCACCGUGCACUUUCGCCACCCUGUGAAGUUCAUCAUAACUAAUUGAAUCUGUAGCCAAAUAAACUGCAUGCUUUCCUGAGUUGUAAGUGGGAGGAAUGCACCAUAUCAUCACGUGACUCCAAGUUUACUUUGAUAUCAUGGUUAUUAUAAACUCAGAAAAAGAAACGUCCUCUCACUGUCAACUGCGUUUAUUUUCAGCAAACUUAACGUGUAAAUAUUUGUAUGAACAUAACAAGAUUCAACAACUGAGACAAACUGAACAAGUUCCACAGACAUGGAAUAAUGUGUCCCUGAACAAAGGGGGGGUCAAAAUCAAAAGUAACAGUCAGUAUCUGGUGUGGCCACCAGCUGCAUUAAGUACUGCAGUGCAUCUCCUCGUGGACUGCACCAGACUUGCCAGUUCUUGCUGUGAAUGUUAUCCCACUCUUCCACCAAGGCAUGACACAUGGCAAGUUCCCGGACAUUUCUAGGGGGAAUGGCCCUAGCCCCCACCCUCCGAUCCAACAGGUCCCAGACGUGCGCAAUGGGAUUGAGAUCCGGGCUCUUCGCUGGCCAUGGCAGAACACUGACAUUCCUGUCUUGCAGGAAGUCACGCACAGAACGAGCAAUAUGGCUGGUGGCAUUGUCAUGCUGGAGAGUCAUGUCAGGAUGAGCCUGCAGGAAGGGCACCACAUAAGGGAGGAGGAUGUCUUCCCUGUAACGCACAGCAUUGAGAUUGCCUGCAAUGACAACAAGCUCAGUCCGAUGAUGCUGUGACACACUGCCCCAGACCAUGAUGGACCCUCCAAAUCGAUCCCGCUCCAGAGUACAGGCCUCGGCGUAACGCUCAUUCCUUCGACGAUAAACGCGAAUCCGACCAUCACCCCUCGACUCGCCAGUGAAGAGCACUUUUAGCCAGUCUUGUCUGGUCCAGUGAUGGUGGAUUUGUGCCCAUAGGUGACGUUGUUGCCGGUGAGGACCUGCCUUACAACAGGCCUACAAGCCCUCAGUCCAGCCUCUCUCAGCCUAUUGCGCACAGUCUGAGCACUGAUGGAGGGAUUGUGCAUUCCUGGUGUAACUCGGGCAGUUGAUGUCGCCAUCCUGUACCUGUCCCGCAGGUGUGAUGUUCGGCUGUACCGAUCCUGUGCAGGUGUUACACGUGGUCUGCCACUGCGAGGACGAUCAGAUGUCCAUCCUGUCUCCCUGUAGCACUGUCUUAGGCAUCUCACAGUACGGACAUUGCAAUUUAUUGCCCUGGCCACAUCUACAGUCCUCAUGCCUCCUUGCAGCAUGCCUAAGGCAUGCUCACGCAGAUGAGCACGGACCCUGGGCAUUUUUCUUUUGGUGUUUUUCCGAGUCAGUAGAAAGGCCUCGUUAGUGUCCAAUGUUUUCAUAACUGUGACUUCUAAGCUGGUAAUGUCUUAACGACCGUUCCACAGGUGCAUGUUCAUUAAUUGUUUAUGGUUCAUUGAACACGCAUGGGAAAGAGUGUUUAAACCCUUUACAAUGAAGAUCUGUGAAGUUAUUUGGAUUUGUACUAAUUAUCUUUGAAAGACGGGGUCCAGAAAAAGGGACAUUUCUUUUUUGCUGAGUUUAUACAGUCAUUAGUAACAGCUCUGUAUGGCAGACAUCCAUGAAGGUGCUGGAAAACGCAGAGCUAGAGGAAUACAACUUUGUAACAUUUACACUAUAUAUAUAAAAGUAUGGACACUCCUUCAAAUUUUGGAUUUGGCUAUUUCAGCCACACCCGUUGCUGACAGGUGUAUAAAAUCAAGCACACAGCCAUGCUAUCUCCAUAGACAAACAUUGUCAGUAGGAUGGAGCUCAGUGACUUUCAAUGCGUUACCGUCAUAGGAUGCCAACUCAGUUUGUCAAAUUUCUGCCUUGCUAGGGCUGCCCCGGUCAACUAAGUGCUGUUAUUGUGAUGUGGAAUUGUCUAGGAGCAACAACGGCUCAGCCGCGACGUGGUAGGCCACACAAGCUCACAGAACAUGACCACCGAGCGCAUGGUGUGUAAAAUAUUUAUAAGUGUCUCCUCGGUUGCAAUACUCACUACUGAGUUCCAAACUGCCUCUGGAAGCAAUGUCAGCACAAUAACUGUUCGUUGGGAGCUUUAUGAAAUGGGUUUGCAUGGCUGAGCAACCGCACACAAGCCUAAGAUCACCAUGCGCAAUUCAAAGCAUCGGCUGGAGUAGCGUAAAGUGCGCCGCCAUUGAACUCUGGAGCAGUGGCAACGCGUUGUCGGGUGUGAUAAAUCAUGCUUCACCAUCUAGCAGUCCAAUGGACGAAUCUGAGUUUGGUGGAUGCCCCAAUGCAUAGUGCCAACUAAUGUUUUGUAGGGGAGGAAUAAUGAUUUGUGGAGGUUUUUCAUGGUUCGGGCUAGGCCCCUGAUUUCCAGUGCCGGGAAAUCUUAACGCUACCGCAUACAAUGACAUUAUAUACUAUUCUGUGCUUCCAACUUUUUGGCAACAGUUUGGGGAAGGCACUUUCCUGUUUCAGCAUGACAAUGCCCCCGUGCACAAGGCGAGGUCCAUACAGAAAUGUGUUGUCGAGAUCGGUGUGGAAAUACUUGACUGGCCUGAACAGAGCCCUGACCUCAACCCCAUUGAACACAUUUGGGAUGAAUUGGAACGCCACUGCGAGCCAGGUCUAAUCACCCAAAACCUCACUAAUGCUCUUGUGGCUGAAUGGAGGCAAGUCCCCGCAGCAAUAUUCCAACAUCUAGUGGAAAAGCCUUCCCAGAAAAGUGGAGGCUGUUAUAGCAGCAAAGGGGGGACCAACUCCACACUAAUACACAUGAUUUUGGAUUGAGAUGUUCGACAGGCAGUUGUCUACAUACUUUUGAUCAUACAGUGUAGCUAGAAUAUGGCUAACAAUUCUAAAUGAUCAAGGCAAGCUAGCACAUGAUGGAAGGUUGCAGGGAGUUUUAACUUGGGAUAACUGGUGAUCUAUAUACAAAUCGCCAUAAUACGGUCAGAUAUUACGACAUAUAGAAGAAAUACUCAUGUUUUCAUAAAUGCACACGACUUCAAAAUAUAGGGAAAGAACACUGGAUAAUGUUCGACAGGUGCUGGAUUGUAGCUGCGCUGGAAACUGAAGGAUUGAGAGCAUUGUGUGUGUGCGCAGAGUUUCACCGAUGCGAUGCCACAGCUGAUGACUGAGGGAGCAGGGAGUUCUUCACCGACCGACUAUAAGAAUGAGGUAGCGAAGACUUGAACACUGAUGGUACAAUUCAGCAUAUUAAUGGUAAUGUGUCUUUCAGGGACGGACAUAAAGGACAAGGUCCGUGGGACGCUGAGCACGCCGGUGUUGAUGAAGAUGCUGAACAUGUCAACAGAAC